UGAAAAUGACACGGCGAGCAAAGGAGCAGCGCCAGAAGCGGCUCGAACUAAAGCGGGCGGCAGACACGCCGGAAGAAGCGGAACGACGGCUGAAAUGGGCACUCCUCCUCAAGACACUUGAUGCCCCCGCUCGACUACGUGCAUUGUCAGCACCACCGAUGCUGACUUGGCAUAGUAGCCAUGCCAUUGUAGCACCUGCUGGCAGGUUUGAGUUGCCGAUUCGAGUCGAAGAGGCCGGGUCCGACCUCUCGUACACGUUUGAGACAAAGGAUAUGGACAUCGAUUUCUCCAUCACGUUUGAAGGAUUGACCUCUGUUGAGUACUUGGUCCAUCCCACGCGGUGCGCGUCGCACGAGAGCACUGUCCGUGGGAGCCUCGACAUUCCCGGACCAGGCACGGUCGUGCUUGUUUGGGACAACGAGUACUCGUGGUUUAACGCCAAGGAGCUCAGCUACCACGUUGGCCUGAAGACACCGGAACCCGACGUGUCGACUGCAAAGUCGCCCGUGUCGUUGUUAGACGUCGAGCUCGACUCUCGCAAGCAGCAGUAUCGCACGCUGAAUGAAUCGUACGACAUGCUGCAGCUGCAAUGCACAAAGCGCGCAACGUCCAUCCAAGUCAUCGAGCGACAGAUAGAGGAGCUACAACGCGAGCUGCACGAGGAAAAGGACUUGCAUGCGGUCGAAUCCGCCGAGGCAGAGCGCGUGGGGCGCCAAAUCGACAGCGUUGCGGCCGAACUCGCAGCUUUAUCGUGGCGCACGUUGUCCCCUCCGUUGUUUGCGCAUGUGCUCGCGUAUUGUUCGCGGGAGGACUGGAAGCGCUGGUUGGUCUCUAUAUCUUACACUGCUAUGAUUUGACGGAGGAGCAGGUACACGUUGAACAAGGCGUGGACGACGGCGCUGACCCCUCUGCUUGCGGAGCGCGCCAUCGAGUAACGAGUCGCGCCGAUGGAUAGCCGACAUGGGUUAACUGGCAGGCAUGUGGAGCGUCGUUUCGAGCUGCCUCAAGAGUUGCCUAGUAACAAACGACGUCGUGCUUUGAGUCACGUUUCGAUAAUACAAACGUACUUGGCUUGGGCCAUGCCA